CUAGCCGUUGGACUGUUCUCCGGGAUGGUCGCAUCCCUCCGGCACGGAAGCUGUCGUGCCUUCAUCGAGGCAGUGCGCCUUUGAACUCCGUGACGCGCAUACGCACACUCCCGAGACCAUAGACAGACUGUGCGCAAGAAAGGAAGUGGCUGCCAAUCAUCCGGAACCGCAGUACCCGCUGCCAGUGGGUCAUCUGCUGCUGUUCCGUGGCGCAGAAGAAGUGGGCCCGUCGGUGGUGGAGUUUCCUUUGAAGUGGCCAGUGUUAGCCGAAAGUGUUGCGGCGGGGUAGAGGGAAAGUGAGAAAGCGGUGGGAAGGUGGCUAGUGUUUCCGCGGCACCCUUCUGCUCGACUAUUUGGGGAUUUCGAUUGAAGUGAUGAAGUGUUAAGUUUGAAGUGUUGUACACGCAUGGCCCCUGGUGCCAUGGAUUUGAGUGUGAGAAAGUUCAUCCGGUACUAAGACGUCGGAAGAGAAGCCCGUCAAUCUUCCGGGGUAUCACAUCGUACCGCCGAUUGCUUGAGGGACGGACGCGUUGGUGUGUUUGUGUUCCGUUCUACUUUUUUUAAUGCUGCGACCUAUGAACAGUGGCGGUACAUUACGCAAUCAACGCAAAUUGUGAAUAUGUUGUGCGCUUAGUCGUUGUAGCGAGAUCAUCAUUACAAAAUUCCACGCAACUGUUGUUCUUGUUCUUGUGAAAGGUGAUAGUGUGAGAUAGAAAGCAAUCGGCCAUCAUUUUCAUCAUUUGUUGGCCGUGUUAGUAGCGAGAAGAAUUUCCCAAUGGAUCGUCCCAUUUAUUGGGCGAUACUAGUGAUAGCACUACUAGCCGUAACCGUAGCCCGAGGUGCAGUCCUCGAAACGAAACAUGAGCCCGAUGCAGUAGAAUCUUCCGACGUAGACAGUAGGCCCUUGGACCGGACUAAACGGAAUGGAAACUUACGGGGAUCAUUCCGGGGACAAACUCAGUCGCAGUACCUAAACUUUGGUGACAGCCAGGAUGGCAAGGCAGAGGCUGAGGCGACACAGCACAGCUCUAGAGCCGUAGUCGCCGGUACCAAUGGAAUGGGCCAAGCUCAGAGUCAAUCCCUUGGAGGGGAUUGCACUUCCUGCUACGGUUCGGUCGAUGGUGGAGGUAGCUAUGUGUAUGAAUCUAGACCAGAUCCUCUGAAAGUUCCAGACGGACAAAGGCCUGGUGAUAAACUGCGGCUGCCAGAAGCAUACGGAACAGAUACCAAUGGACGACCGGGUGGUUCCGGAGUUGGAGGUACCGAUGCCUACGGACGACCCAUCGGUGGUCCCGGUGGUGUGCAUAUACCCGGCUACGAUGCGCAUGGUAGACCGUUGGGAGGUCCUGGUACAGAUGGCGGUGCAGUGGAUGCCCCUGGCCGCCCAAUCGGCCAUGGAGGACUGGAUGCCUACGGUAGGCCAAUUGGUGGUCCUGGAGGAGCUGGUGGACCAGGCGUUGAUGCGCAUGGUAGACCAACCGGUGGAACAGGGAUUCCCGGGACGGGAGGACCAUUAGUUGAUGCUUACGGAAGGCCAAUCUCCGGAGGGCAUGGUGGGAGACCAUCGAGAGGCCCAGGAACAGGCGGUAUACCUGGCGUGGAUGCACAUGGACGACCGAUUGGAGGGACGGGAGCUGGAGGUGUCGAUGGUCAAGGACGACCAUCCGGUGGCCCUGGAGUUGACGCGUAUGGACGUCCCAUUGGAGGCCCCGGUUCUGGAGGCUCUGGCACUGGAGGCCCAGGUGUAGAUGGCCGAGGAAGACCAGCUGGAAGUCCUGGAGUUGACGCCCAUGGAAGACCUAUCGGUGGAACAGGUAUUGACGGGCCGGGCACGCCCGGUACAGGCACUGGUGGUGGUGUGGAUGCUUAUGGAAGACCGAUUGGAGGCCCAGGAACUGGAGGUGUCGAUGGUCAAGGACGACCGUCUGGUGGCCCUGGUGUGGAUGCUUAUGGAAGACCUAUUGGAGGCCCAGGAACUGGAGGUGUCGAUGGUCAAGGAAGACCGUCCGGUGGCCCUGGAGUUGACGCUUAUGGGCGACCUAUUGGAGGCCCAGGAACUGGAGGUGUCGAUGGUCAAGGAAGACCGUCCGGUGGCCCUGGAGUUGACGCUUAUGGGCGACCUAUUGGAGGCCCAGGAACUGGAGGUGUCGAUGGUCAAGGAAGACCGUCCGGUGGCCCUGGAGUUGACGCUUAUGGAAGACCUAUUGGAGGCCCAGGGACAGGAGGAGUUGGUGGGCCUGGUACUGGUGGCGCUGGCACAGGAGGCCCAGGUGUAGAUGGCCGAGGAAGACCAGCUGGAGGCCCUGGAGUUGAUGCGCAUGGCCGGCCUAUUGGAGGAACCGGUGCCGGUGGGCCAGGAACGUCAGGUACAGGUACUGGUGGUGGUGUAGAUGCUUUUGGAAGACCCAUUGGAGGUCAAGGAACGAAUGGCCACGAUGCAAGAGGUCCUCCAGUUGACUCCCACCGAAGGCCGAUCGGCGGAGCUGGUACCGGUGGACAGGGAACUCCGGUUGGACACGGUGCUGGUGGUGUAGAUGCUUACGGGCGACCUUUGGGCCCUGGAGGACCAGGAAUCGGGACAGUGGGAGAAGGAGUACCAGGACAUGGUGGCCCAGGCACAGGUGGCCAUGGGUUAGAUGCGUAUGGAAGACCAAUUGGAGGACCGGGAACCGGAGUUUCUGGUGUUGAUGCGCAUGGUCGACCAAUCGGUGGUCAUGGAUCAGGCGGUUAUGGCCCUCAGCCACAUCUUAUUGGACCGCCACUGCCCGAUGCUCAAGGAAUUUACCACGGUCCACAUACUGUCACUUUACCAGGCCAUGAUCAUACGGUGGUCAACCCUACCGGAGGUUUAACAGUGCUGGUUGGCACUGGCCACUCCAAACAAACGGUAAUUGGGUCCGAUAGUCGGCUGGAUGGGCACGGUCCGGUGAAAAUUAUUCCUGGACCACCAGAUAGCCAUGGACCUCCGAAACAGACGGUGUAUGCCCAUCCAGGUGGACUAACGGUUCUUGUUGGAACAGGAGGCGCUCAGCAAACUGUACAUCAUCUCCCAACUCAUGGCGGUUUCGGCGGUCCUCAGUCAGUAAUUCAUCCUGGUCAGCAGUCCGGACCAGGAGCUGGAGUUGGAGCGGGCCAACACACAUAUCCAGGCGGUAUCGGACAAUACCCUGGUGGCGUCAGUGGUGGAGGUGGACAUCAUCAAGGUAGUGGUCAAGUAGGAAGUGCAGGUACUGGUGGUAUAGGGCCUGGCACAGGUCAACUUCCAGGAGGAAGCGGUGUUCAUCCUGGUGGUGUAGGCACUGGCACUGGUACGGGACAAUAUCCAGCACAUCAUUCCGGAGGACACGGUGUUGGUACUGGCCAGUAUCCGGGAUCCGGUGGCGUUGGGGCAGGACAAUACCCGGGAGGGACAAGCCAAUUUCCUGGAGGAGUAGGAUCUGGAACAGGAAGCGGAACUGCACCUGGUCAGUAUCCAGGCGGCCCCGGAAGUGGUCAGCAUCCAGGCGGCACUGGAGCAGGCGGCGGACAAUAUCCUGGAGGGGUUGGAACUGGACAAUAUCCAGGUGCUACAGGAGGAACCGGCGGAGCAGGAAAAUAUCCAGGUGGUACUGGAGCUGGACAGUAUCCAGGCGGCACAGGAGCUGGACAAUAUCCAGGCGGUACAGUAGCUGGACAAUAUCCAGGCGGCACAGGAGCUGGACAAUAUCCAGGUGGAACAGGAGCUGGACAAUAUCCAGGUGGAGCGGGAGGAACCGGUGGCGCAGGACAAUAUCCAGGUGGUACAGGAGCUGGACAGUAUCCAGGCGGCACAGGAGCUGGACAAUAUCCAGGUGUUACAGCAGGAACCGGCGGAGCAGGACAAUAUCCAGGCGGCACAGGAGCUGGACAAUAUCCAGGCGGCACAGGAGCUGGACAAUAUCCAGGUGGAACAGGAGCUGGACAGUAUCCAGGAGUAGCGGGAGGAACCGGUGGCGCAGGACAAUAUCCAGGUGUUACUGGAGCUGGACAGUAUCCAGGUGCUACAGCAGGAACCGGUGGAGCUGGACAGUAUCCAGGCGGCACAGGAGCUGGACAAUAUCCAGGUGCUACAGCAGGAACCGGCGGAGCAGGACAAUAUCCAGGCGGCACAGGAGCUGGACAAUAUCCAGGCGGCACAGGAGCUGGACAAUAUCCAGGUGGAACAGGAGCUGGACAAUAUCCGGGUGGAGCUGGAGGAACCGGUGGCGUAGGACAAUAUCCAGGUGGUACUGGAGCUGGUCAGUAUCCAGGUGCUACAGCAGGAACCGGUGGAGCAGGACAUUAUCCAGGCGGCACAGGAGCUGGACAAUAUCCAAGUGGUACAGGAGCUGGACAAUAUCCAGGUGCUACAGCAGGAACCGGCGGAGCAGGACAAUAUCCAGGCGGUACAGGAGCUGGACAAUAUCCAGGCGGCACAGGAGCUGGACAAUAUCCAGGCGGCACAGGAGCUGGACAAUAUCCAGGUGUUACUGGAGCUGGACAGUAUCCAGGAGUAGCGGGAGGAACCGGUGGCGCAGGACAAUAUCCAGGUGGUACUGGAGCUGGACAGUAUCCAGGUGCUACAGCAGGAACCGGCGGUGCAGGACAAUAUCCAGGCGGCACAGGAGCUGGACAAUAUCCAGGCGGCACAGGAGUUGGACAAUACCCUUCAGGAGGAACCGGUCUUUAUCCAACGGAUGGUAAUAACGGUCAGCAAUAUCCCGGAGUUGUCGGAGGUUUCGGCGUUAGCGGUACAGCGAUCGAUCAGUAUCCUGGUGGACAAGGUAUUGGUGGCGGUGGACUACCUCCUCAAACGAUUCAGUUACCCGAAGAGGAGGACGAUUCUUUCUCGCAAGCCGAGUCCUCAGUUAAGGAUGGAGAGGUCAUGGCAUCCGCUCAGGGAAGGAAAAAUGGUGGCACAGCUCAGACGCAGGUUUCCGGUACGUACACAGGCACGGGAUCGUUCAGUGCCAGUGCUCAGACAAGCGAUAGCGAUCGUGCAGCACAGGCUCAGGUUUCCGGUGGUAAGGAGGGUGCGCUGAGCACUGCUCAAGGUACGGGAGGCGUUGGAAAGUCACAGUCGGCGGUGCAGGUCGACUCAAAAACCGGAGGUACUUCGGCUACAUCACAGAGCGGAGGCUUGGGACACGAAAGCCAAUCCGAGGUUGUGGCCAACGAGAAGGGUGGACUGGCUGAUGCUCAGUCAAGCGGCCCCGGUCAGACGUCAUCGCAAGCUCAGAUUGGAUUCCGGCCACAGGGCGAAGCAGUAGCGAACCAGGCUAACAUUUUCAAUGGAGGAGGUCAAGCGUCUGCCCAAUCGGGAGCACACUCCGGACAGAGUCAAUCGCAGAUCAGCGGUAACUUCAAGUUCGGCAUUGCCUAUCACGGUGCAGCCCAGGCGGCAUCGGGUACCAAGGAGCAGGUUCACAAUUACCGCGAGAAGAGCAAAAAUCUAUUCCAUUCGAUCGGAUUGUUUGGAAAAACGACCGGCACGACAGUUCGCAAGGAAUCGGUUGACGCCAACGGUAUGACUACACGACAACAGCAAAGCGCUGUACCACUUCCACCAGUGACCUUCGUCAGCACGACUCCUGAUACGAUUACGGAAGACGACUAUGCCGAUAUCGACGAUGAUGAGGAUGAUUACGACGAAGAUUACGAUACGACGGCAAGCGUCCGAUCGGGCGGCACUCCAACCGAUGAAUCCAAACCCCCGACGACAGUUACCCAUAUCGUCACCGAACCAACUACGGUGACCGUCCGAACCAACGGUAACGGUCGAGUAUUCACCCAGGCCGGACCAACGCAGAGACAAACGGCGAUCGUGCCGCAUGGUGAAAAUUUCCGGCUCGUGCAAACACAGAACGGUCGAUCGACGGUACACGCCGUGACGACUGAACGGAACGGUGGUGGAUUGCCCACGACCACGGCACGCUACAGUACACGCUUCUUGCCGACCAAGCAGGACACACCGGCCGACAUCGUCGAGGGAGCACCCACCGAGCCGACCAGCGGUCCUCGGAAAGGCGAACAGCCCGAUAGCUACAUUUCGGUCACGAAGCAGGUGACGGGUAUCGACGAAAACAGCAAGGUGCCGGCCAUACCGGGAAAGAACUACGAGUCAACGUACUACACCAAAUCGUCCACCUGCGGCUACUUUACGUUCUCCUGUAACAUCGUGUACGGCGAGAACGGUCGAAGUAAAAUUUGUCGGCCGAAGCCACCGGCGAACGGAAAGUGUUGAGCGUCCGGAAGUGACUCAUCUUUUGCGUACUGCAUAAGCGCUCUAGUGUGUAAGAUUACAAAAAUCGCAUGUAAGCUACUCAAUGUUAACACUGCCACGAUGAGAAACCGGGGUUUUUGUGCUGAAAGAUCGUAGUAGACAGAGUGUACGGGGUUGUUCUCCAGGACUACAAUUACAGAGUCUUUACGAUCCGUUACUUAAUAGCAAAUUUCAAAUACGAUGCCUGCACUGCAUGGACCCUUCUCUUGUCCGAUUGACCGGUGAUCACUGAAUUGCACUAACAUUAGCUGGACUUAUUGAAAAGCAAAGCCUGCCCCCGUCGGGAAUACCGACAUUAAAAAGGAGGGAAAUAAAAUGUGUUACACGACAAAACAUCUAGCUUGGUUAGUGGCCAAGAUCCCGUGUAUCUCGAUCGGUUCUUUCGGUGCAAAAAAUCUUCAGCGACCAGAGUCAAUCGAUGUAGAUUCUGUCUGAGAUCAUUUUCGAUUUUCCUAAUAGUUCGGAUAACUUCCAUUGAAAAAAAAAAACAAACAGUCAGUACACAAACUACCGAUCA